AUGCUGAAGAUCGGCGAGCGGGCUUAUCCUGUGGAUCCCUCACGCGACCCGCGAAGACAGAGGGGCUGCAGCAAAAUAGCCGCGCCGCUCGACGUCGGGCAAGACGACGAUCCGCUCGCCCAGCAGAUGGUCGCGCUCAAACAGGAAGACGCAGCACACGGCGGCAGACGGGACGCCACGGCGAACAAGCUGUCGCCGCCGCCAGACGGAUCGAGCCGGAGUGGUCGCAGGAACUCGGUCGACUAUCGUCGCUCCGCGGAGAUCGUCGCCGGCGCGGCGCUGCCAGCGUCCGACUGGCGUUCGACGUCGCCAAACCCGUACCCGAAGCACAUGCUCCCGCCGUCAAAUUCGUUCCCUGGUGAGCGCAAGUCCAUAAGCCGGCUGGGUAGUCGUCCUGGGAGUGUUAUUGGGCUGCCAGGGCAGGUCCGAGCCCCAGCCAGAGAACAUCAGCGCCCGACGAGCCACAACAGUGUUGGCAUCGUGCUCGACCCCACAGGUCGUGUAGCACUCGACGAGAUGGCGAACAGGUAG